AUGCAACGGCCAUUUCUUCUCCUCCGCUGUCGCCCCUCCAUUCCGCCUCUCUCAUCGCAGCCAAGCUCCAGACUCUCUCGUCCUCUCUACCGCUCUCUUUCGCAUUCCACUCCUCCCAUCACAUCCAAAAUGGCUGCUGCUACAGAAAUGCGGUUCAAGAACCCUGCCAUCUUCGUCUGCGAUAUGCAAGAAAAGUUCCGCAACGCCAUCUACGAAUUUGAUAGCAUCGUCACCACCACCGUCAAACUCCUCACCUACGCCCAAAACCUCUCCAUCCCCGUCUACGCAACCACCCAAACAUCCGCCAAGCUGGGCGCCACCGUCCCCGCCAUCGCCGACAUGCUCGGCGUCUCCGAAGUCCACGACAAGACCAAGUUCUCCAUGCUCAUCCCCUCCAUCGCCGCCAGCCUCGCGCCCGGCUCGCGCGUCGCCCUCGUCGGCAUCGAGACGCACAUUUGCAUCACGCAGACGGCGCUGGACCUGCGUGACGCCGGCCACUUCCCGUAUGUCAUUGCCGACGGCGUCAGCUCGUGCAACAAGGGCGAGGUGGGCAUUGCGCUGGAUCGGCUGCGGAGCGAGCCCGGCAUUGCCGUCACGUCAAGCGAAAGCUGGAUGUACGAGUGCCUGGGCGAUGCGUCACAUCCCUUGUUCAAGGGGCUGUUCACCGUGGUCAAGGGCAAGUUGAGCGAGACGAGCAAGGUGUUGAGUGUGCUGCCGCCGUCCAAGAUUUGA